CCAGGGACGGCGCCGCAACAAGAUGGCGGACGACAGAGACAGGGAAGGCACAGAGAUAGCAGUAGCAGAAUUUCACAAAAAAAUCAAAGAAGCUUUUGAAGUAUUUGACCAUGAGUCAAAUAAUACAGUGGAUGUGAGAGAGAUUGGAACAAUUAUCAGGUCAUUAGGAUGCUGCCCUAGUGAAGGAGAGCUACAUGAUCUGAUUGCAGAGGUGGAGGAAGAAGAACCCACUGGAUACAUUCGAUUUGAAAAAUUUCUUCCAGUGAUGACUGAAGUACUACUGGAAAGAAGAUAUAGACCAAUUCCAGAAGAUAUCCUUCAUCGAGCUUUUGAGGUCUUAGAUCCAGCUAAACGUGGGUUUCUUUCUAAGGAAGAAUUGAUCAAAUAUAUGACUGAAGCAGGUGAGCCUUUUUCUCGGGAGGAAAUGGAAGAAAUGUUGUCUGCUGCAAUUGAUCCAGAAUCGAAUUCAGUUCAUUACAAGGACUAUAUAACAAUGAUGGUGAUAGAUGAAAAUUAAACACUCUACAGACUUCAUUUCUAAUUAAAAGAUCAUUUUAAGAAUUGCUUGUCCUUGUUAAUUUCACAUUUUAUUUUAUAAUUCCUACAUAUUGCUAAUUAAUGCCUUGUGACAACUAUUUCAAGAUAUUUUGUUUUUUAAAGGUGAUCAUAACAGUUUAAAACACAAAUUUAUUUAGUAUGUCUAGCCCUAUGGAAUGACAAACUGCUAAUUAUUUUAAAACUAUUCUUAAAAUAUUUAACAUUAUCCAUGGAUUGUUACCAAUUUUCUACAAUAAAACCCAGGUUACUUUCAAAUUAAUUAAGCUGACAAAAUGAAGAAUGAUUAGAAUGACCCAAAGUUUUGCAUGUAAAGAUCUUGGGUUGGGGCAGAAUGACCAUAAAUUGAAAAUGAGUAGUAAUGUGAUGACAGCUUCUUUUUAAAACAGCAAACACUUCAGCAAUCAGAAUGUGGAAGGAAAGUCAUUGAAACAGAUAUUAAUAAU